AAGCUAAUUGACUAUAGCCAACGGGGCCUAGGACCCAAACACCAAAGAUGCGAGGUGUGUCGCGAUGUGCGGCGCUUUGUGCGCUUCUUGUCAUCGCCUUAGCCGAAUCCACUGAAGAGCUUAAAGGCGAUUCAGUGGAGAGCGCAAGCACCUCAACUGGUAGUUCUCAAGAAGAUGAAGAACCCAAAGAAGCCUGGAUGCGAGCACCAACAGGGGGUGUCGCAGUCAGGAGUGGAGAAGACGCCCUUCUCACCUGUGUAGUCUUAGGAGGUAGAGGAAAACCAGUUCUAUGGAGACGAGCAAGAGAUCUUCAGCUUUUGACUGCAGGGGGCGUCAGAGUUACCAGAGAUGACAGAGUCCAUGUUUUACACGAUGAUACAGAAGAGCCCCUUCAAGGACCGGGCAUUGCGAAGGGUGGAGACGUGUGGGCACUGGUCAUCAAAUCGGUAAAAGCCUCUGAUGCCGGUAUAUACAUGUGCGAGCUCAACACUGAACCUCCUGUCAGAAGCUUCCAUAGACUUACUGUGAUAUCAAGAAACCUUACCCCACCAGAAAACCACAACGUAACUGAUUCUUACUCCGCCAACGUUCCAACCUUGUCUUCCUUGGCACUGGCACAUAAUUACACAGACUGUUGCAUUGCUGCUAAUGUGACCAAGAACUGUCUUGGCUUCUGCAGUAUCCAGACCAUAUUGGAAGGCACUGGGCAGGAUCCGGAAACUUGCCAGCCAGAUUUUCCUGCUAUUGUCAAGUGUAUGGCGGACGGUCGCAACCACGUUCCGUGCUGCGUUCAAGAACGCGUCCCUGACAUCUGCCAGGACGUCUGUCGUGGCGAAUUCACUCCGGUCACCGAUAAUAUAAAGACACACUACUCAUGUGCCGCUUAUAUGGAGAAGACUUUGGCUUGCAUCGUUGAGGGCAUCGAAUUACUUCCAAGUCCACCAGAAGACGUGGAAGUAGAACCGUUGAACGAGAAGCAACUAAACGUUUCCUGGAGUCCUCCAGUAGAAAACACAGACUCAGUGACGGAAUACGUAGUAAACAUAACAUCGCUGCGAUCCUUUGACGCACACCUCACCGAGCCUUCAGAAAGCACAUUAAAGGACAACACAGUGAAAAUGAGCCAACCAAUGACAUUCAAGGUGCAAGCGAACAAGACUUUCUUGGUCAUCAACGAUUUAUUGCCAUUCACAAUGUACGAGAUCAGUGUGACGUCAUAUAAUAUUCAUGGAUCAAGUUUACCUAGUUACGCAAUCAGGUCACUAACCCUCACUCCUGGCAAAAUGAAGACGACAAAAGUAGCGGCAGCUCCUAAACUACCAGACGUCAGGGCAUGUUGCGUCUCCGCUGGAGUUAACCAUUAUGGUUGCAUUGACAAACUAUGUGAUCCAACAAAGACAUUUGAAAUUGGCCUGCAGGUCACAGAUCUGAUGAUAUGCGCUCCCUGGGCUGGUGUGACGUUCGGAUGUCUCGCCAAUGGAAUUGACCACACGCCGUGUUGUCGGUCAAGAGGAUUGCCCCAAUCUUGUCUUCCGCUCUGCAAUGGAAACAUUACAACUUUGGAUUUCAAUCAUUUCAAAUGUCUCCGCUACAUGUCAUCGUACACCAAUUGCCUUCUCCAAGGCUACGGGGUACUCCCUGGUCCCCCAACGCGUCUGCAUCUGACCAACAUCGAUACGGAUUAUGCAGUGGUGCACUGGGCCCCGCCAGCCGCUCUCGCUGAUACUGUUCAAUAUUACCACUUGCAUUACAAGACUUUGCAGGCUGGCGAUGACUAUAAGGUUUUAGAAAAGCUGCACUCCCCGUACAUUCUGGAAGAUCUGGAAUCAAAUACGGAUUACGAAAUCUACGUUGAAGCUGUAAACGAACAUGGAGUCGGAGAAGCGUCUCCGCGACUUAUUUUCAGGACACAAAGUCAGAUGAUAGAAGAGGAAGAAGAAGCAGCAAGCUCCUACAACGUAUCAGCGUGUUGUGAACGAGUGCAACUGGCGGGCGUUUGCAUGCCUCUCUGUUCCUUCGAUGCCAAGAUGUCUGAUCUGCGAACACUCGCCCCGCUUUGUGCGCAGGAGUUCCAUAAGCUGCUGAGAUGUGGUGCUGGAGGCCGAAACCACGAAGAAUGCUGUGCCAGAAGAGGUGUCCCUGCUAGCUGUAGGGGCGUGUGCUCGGGCGCGUACUCAGGCGGUGUCAACACUUGCGUGCCCUACAUUGGGAAUAUCGUACAAUGCUUUGAGGAAGGUACGGGCAUCCUCCCUGGCCCACCGCGUCAGCUUCACGCACUCCUAUCAGCAGACCACGAGCUAUUCCUCGAUUGGGCAGCGCCACAGGACGGCGCCAACGCGACUUCUUAUGUGGUGCAUUGGCAAAAAACCGGCAACAACUCGCAUACCAAUUUGCCUUACUUCUACAACACGUUAGAGCUCGACAACGUCACGGGAGAAGCGAGAAUGUAA